UUCCCCUUUAAAACUCAGUGUCAUUACAAAACAAGUGUUGUUGCUUUGCUUCUUGUGUUCAUUUUCAUUCUUUUUUUCUUCAUGCGUGCAAGUUAUCAUUAACUACCUUCUUUAUACCUUUAACUCUCUUUAAGAUUCUCCAUUCAUCUUCCACCACAUUUUCUUUCAUCACCCUUUUCAGGAAAACAAACCAUAUAUACUUUCAUCCUUGUCGCUGUCUUGGUUUCAUUAUCGUUUUCCAUCUCUUUCAAAAGAUUAUUUUUCAAUUGAAGUUAUAAUGGGGAGUCAUGUGAGCAAGAAGACUCCAGAAACAUCAUCUGCUGUUAAUUUCACGACUACCGAAUUGCAAUAUAGGACUGAACUCAGUUCAUAUGAAGCGGCAUGCAAGAUAGACAUAGAUUUGCAGACAUUUGAUUCAACUCUUCAAACUAGAACAAAUCAGGUUAUUAAUACGCUAGCUUCCGGCGUUGAAGUUCGGGCUCUUUCGUUCGAUUCGCUGAAACAAAUCACAGAAUGUCUGCUUGAGAUGAAUCAGGAGGUUGUGAAAGUUAUCUUGGAGUGCAAGAAAGACAUAUGGAAAAGCCAGGAACUGUUUGAAUUAGUGGAGGAAUAUUUCGAAAACAGUUUACAAACAUUGGAUUUCUGCACUGCGUUGGAAAAGUGUUUAAAAAGAGCUAGGGAUAGCCAGUUGCUUAUUCUUGUCGCGAUUCAACGGUUCGAGGAAGAAUCUGAAUCUGGAGAAAAAGGCUAUAUAAGAACGUUGCAAGAAUUGAAGAAUUUCAAAACAGCUGGUGAUCCUUUCACGGAAGAGUUUUUCCAGAUCUUUCAAUCUGUUUAUAGACAACAGAUUUUAAUGCUUGAGAAGCUGCAUGUGAGAAAGAACAAGCUCGAUAAGAAGCUGAAAUGUAUUCAUUCAUGGAGGAAAGUUUCGAGUAUGAUAUUUGUUGCAACAUUUGCUGCUGUUUUGAUAUGUUCAGUUGUGGCAGCAGCUAUUGCGGCUCCACCUGUUGCUGCGGCUCUGGCCGCAUCAACAGCCAUCCCCAUCGGAUCGAUGGGGAAAUGGAUUGAUUCGCUUUGGAGAAACUACGAGAAUGCAUUGAAAGGACAGAAAGAAGUUAUUGGUUCAAUGCAGGCAGGGACUUAUGUAGCUAUUAAAGAUUUGGAUAAUAUCCGGGUGCUUAUCGAUCGGCUUGAAACCGAGAUCGAAUCUUUGUUGCAUAAUGUUGAUUUUGCGAUUGAAGAAGAAGCUGUGAAGAUUGGGAUUGAGGAGAUAAAGAAGAAGCUUGGUGUGUUUAUGAAGAAUGUUGAAGAUUUAGGAGUUCAGGCUGAUGUUUGUAGCAGGGACAUUAGGAGAGCAAGAACUGUUGUGCUGCAGAGAAUCAUAAAACAUCCUAAUGUUUGAACUAUUCUUGUUGAUGUUAUUGUUUAUUUGUUAAUUAUGUUUGAAGAAACAUAUUUUGAUUAUAUGUAAUGUUGUGAAAUUUAUUUAUUUAUAGAUCCAUGCAUAAAUGGGAA